CUCGGUGUCGUGAUUGUUGCCAUUAAACGUGUCGUUGAUUAACAUUUUACCACGGAAAUGGCGACGUAUUUCGGCAAUAUGGCGUUGGUUCAGACUUAGCAUUUCCCGCCCAUUACUUGUUGUAAAGCUGCUUUUGCCAAGCCCCAACUUUCUACAGCUCGAUGACGUCCUUCGUCUGCCGUUUUGUCGUCUAAACUAGAUUGACUUCAUUGUCUUUUUUUUAUAUAGCUAGAUCUAUCCAUGGCGGCCUUGAAGCAAGAAGAAGAAUCUAUAAGUGAGAUACAAAAUUAUCUCGAUACUUUCAACAAGGAAAUUGAAGAUCCAAACCAGAUACCAGGUUCCCAACUAGCAAGCAAAGAAGCAGUUGUUCCAAAUGAUGUAGAAGCUAAUGAUACACCUGAAGAUGGUGGCACCUAUUUUGUGGACCAGAGUGGACAGUACUACUAUCAAAGCAAUGACAUUGAUGGAGGAGAUGGUACAGCUACUCUUGUUGCCCAAGAUGGAGGUACCAUGGUGUCUAUUCCUAACAAUGGAACUUCAGGAGAUGAAGGAGUUGUGCUUGCGCAAGGUGAAGGUGGCUACCAAACGGUUACCAUCCUCCCCCCAGAAUCAUCUUCAGGUGAGGUUAGCUAUGUUUUGAUUGUACAGCAACCGGAUGGAGGUGAGCAAGCUGUGAUUUCAUCUGAGGUUCUUGAUGGUACUGAAGGUGAAGUUAUACAAGAGGAUGAAGAAGGUGAAGAUGAUGAGAAUUUUGAUGGAGAUGAAGAUAAAGAUGAGGACCAAAAUCUAGCUGUAUAUGACUUCGACGAAGGUGAAGAAGGUGGUAGUGGCGAUGGUCAGGAUUCCGAGGAUGAAGAUAUCAAACCAAGAAUGACCAAAGGUGGUGCGAAGAAAGUUACACAGACCGUCUCACAAGCGCAUAUGUGUAAUUAUUGUAAUUACACCAGCCCUAAGCGAUAUCUGUUGUCUCGGCACAUGAAAUGUCAUUCCGAGGAGCGUCCGCACAAGUGCAGUGUAUGUGACCGAGGAUUCAAGACCUUGGCUUCACUUCAAAACCAUGUUAACACUCAUACGGGCACAAAGCCACAUCGAUGCAAACAUUGCCAUAGUUCGUUCACAACUUCGGGAGAGCUCGUUCGCCACGUACGCUACCGUCACACACACGAGAAACCACAUCGUUGCACCGAGUGCGACUACGCUUCCGUCGAGUUAAGCAAGCUCAAACGUCAUAUGAGGUGCCACACUGGUGAGCGGCCGUACCAGUGUCCCCACUGUACGUAUGCCAGCCCAGACACAUUCAAGUUGAAGCGACAUUUGCGCAUACAUACUGGUGAAAAACCUUACGAAUGCGAUAUUUGCCAUGCACGAUUCACGCAAUCCAACAGUCUCAAGGCUCAUAAACUCAUCCACACAGGGAAUAAACCGAUUUUCCAGUGUGAACUGUGUCCAACCACUUGUGGCCGAAAGACUGAUCUGCGAAUUCACGUUCAAAAAUUGCACACGUCAGAGAAGCCCUUAAAAUGCAAAAGAUGUGGCAAAUCUUUCCCCGAUCGCUAUACUUUCAAGUUGCACAGCAAAACUCACGAAGGGGAAAAAUGCUUUAAGUGCGACCUUUGUGCUUACGCAUCGAUCUCGCAACGCCACUUGGAAUCACACAUGCUGAUUCACACCGACCAGAAACCUUAUCAGUGCGAUCAGUGCGAUCAGUGCUUCCGGCAAAAGCAGUUAUUACGCCGUCACCAAAACUUGUACCACAAUCCCGAUUACGUGCCUCCUCCGCCUGGAGAGAAACGGCACGAAUGUCCGGAAUGUGGAAAACCCUUCCGCCAUAAAGGCAAUCUUAUUCGUCAUUUGGCUCUUCAUGAUCCAGAUGCCGCUCAGCAAGAGUUGCGAGCCUUCCGUGCUGCUCGCAAACAGCGUAUUAAGGAUGGCCAGAGUUUAGAAGGGCUUACGGAAGGGGAAGAGACAGAUAUGGAGGAUGAAGACAUAAGCCUUGGUCUCAACUCCAAUGAAGAAUUGGUCUCUGUUCAAGGUCAAGAUGGGCAGCAAUACGUUGUCCUUGAAGUUAUCCAGUUAGAGGGUGAAGGCGGAGACGAAGACGAAGCCACCAUGAUGGAAGUAGAGGGGGCUACAGAAAUGGACGGUUCCUUGAUAGAAGGAGAAGGCAAUACCAUGACCUCUUUGGAUGAUGAAAUAGAGGAUUCCAUGCAAGCCACUCCUCGGGUACGUCGUAGUUCUCAGGUUGCUAAAGCUCAGGAUACCAGUAAGGACGUGGCGAACUGUUUCGGAUUCGAUGAUGACGAUGAAGAAGACGAGGACGAUGACAAGUGAAAUUUAUGUUGCCUCUCUGCACGUCAAUAGUGUUUAACAAGUGUGAACUGUAUUCUGAACGGGAACUCUUACGGUUGGAAAAUUUGUGGACAAAAAUAGAACUGCGAGUACAUUUUUGCCGAUAAGUAUCUCUUUUCGAUGCGUCUUUAAAAAGUUGAUUAUCUUCUUUUCUGUCCACUGUAAUUGGCUUGAUGCAAACAAUACACAUUAUAACUGGA